CCUGUUGUCUUGGCUUCAGUUUCAUCUUCAGGAAAAUUGAAGUAAAUGGACUAGAAUCUCUAGGUCAUGGGUCUUUAAUUGCUAUAUGUAGAAUAACCAUUAUGUGUUCUGAGGACCAAACUAGCCCAAGUGGUGGCUGGUCAGCAGCCAGAGUCAGGAUGAUUGGAUGAGGAAAGAUUGGAGAAAGUGAUUUCCAAGUUGAAGGACAGCUUUGGAGAAACCUGCAACUACAGAAGGUGAAGCAUGGUAAGUAUGGUAGAUGAACAGGCAAGCCCAUGCCUGAAGGUUUUUUUUGUUUAAUAUUUUUUUCAUGUAAUUCAAGAGGAAUUCAAGUGAUGUUGACCACUAAGAAAAGAAAUAAUCUGAUUAAAGGGAGACUUGAAGAGGGAAUUCUCAGGGCUCCACUAAGGUACCUGGAAGGUGAGGGAGUGGAGCACAGGCUUUACGGUGGCCAGCGACACAAUCACAGCAGAGCAUUUCCACUUGCCACUCCUCCCAUCAUUCCCCUCUAUGACUUUGGAGACUGUUACAAAAUGUUUGCUUAAUAGUGAUUUGAGUAUUUGUAUCUUUUAUGUACUUUUCCAUGCAUUUCAAAUUUUUAAAAAAUUAUGUUAAGAUAAAAUAUGUCCUGAAUAAUGCUCCCAAAAUUUUUAAAUUGAGAAGACAUGUCUAAGUAGCAAUUUGAUUCUGGCAAAUGAAAUGUGUUAAAUUUAAAAUUUCAUGGGUCAAAUUUAUACAGAAGACAGGUGGGAGAAAAAUCUUUUGAAAAACAAACACAUUGUGUGCUUCUUGCCAAUAAGAACGUAAUACUUCCUCAUUGUCAUUAAUAAAAGAUAAUACACACUUUCAAAGUUCUGUAGACACUAAAAAGAGAGAAAACACUCAAAUGCAUCACCUAUUUCCACAUUCAAGUCUGAGAAGCUAUAUAAAUUUCUCCAGCCUCUGGCAGAAAACACCAAACCAUCUCUGGACAGCAGCUAUGCAGCUGGCCAUGCUGCCCGUGCUGUAUGCUGUGAGUGUGCUGCCUGGCACCCUGGCCCUGCAGCUUCCCUGGAAGGCAGGAGGCAUGAGUGAGCUGCUGUGGGAACAGGCUCAGGACUAUCUGAAGAGAUUUUAUGCAUCUGACUCAAAAACAAGGGACCCCAAUAGUUUAGAAGUCAAACUCAAGCAGAUGCAAAAAUUCUUUCACCUGCCUAUAACUGGAACAUUAAGCUCCCAUAUUAUAGAAAUCAUGCGGAAGCCCAGAUGUGGAGUGCCAGAUGUUGCAGAAUAUUCCCUAUUCCCAGAUCGCCCAAAAUGGACUUCCAAAGUAGUCACCUACAGGAUCGUGUCAUAUACUCGAGACUUACCACAUGUCAUAGUGAAUCAAUUAGUGGCAAAGGCCUUCAAUGUGUGGAGCAAAGAGAUCCCACUGAGCUUCAAGAGAGUUAGCUGAGGAAUUGCUGAUAUCAUGAUUGGCUUUGCAAGAGGAGCUCACGGGGACCCCUACCCAUUUGAUGGGCCAGGAAACACACUGGCUCAUGCCUUUGCACCUGGGCCAGGCCUGGGAGGAGAUGCUCACUUUGAUGAGGAUGAACGCUGGACUGAUGGUAGCAGUAUAGGAAUUAAUUUCCUGUAUGCUGCAACUCAUGAACUUGGCCAUUCCUUGGGUCUGGAUCAUUCAUCUGAUCCUAAUGCUGGGAUGUAUCCAUCUUAUGGAGAAGGCAAUUCCAAGAAUUUCAAACUUUCACAGGAUGAUCUCAAUGGAAUUCAGAAAUUAUAUGGUAAUAUUUAUGAUUUCCGUAUUUCCAAUGUCUCCUUAAGACAUUGCCUCUUUUGGGUAGGCUUGAAUGAGAAAGGCUGGGAAAUAGGUAAUUACUUGGAAAAACACACUGGAACUUUUAUAUCUAAAAGCCUAUUGAGGGGAGAAAUUUUUGACAUUAGAUACUUGAAAUUUAAUCAUGCUAUUUUAUACUAUGAGGAUAUUGAUUUUAAGUUUUCAGUAAUACAGUAUCAUUUGGUGAAAUCAUGAAAAUGAUGCUCUCAAACGUUUUUUAUAAGCUGCCACUCACUCUUCUUUCUUGCUCGGUUCAAAUACUUUAGGGGAGCCUCGCCCAUAGGGACGGACAGAGGAACAUAACACCUUCCCCCGUAGCUUCCCACUCCCAAGGGUUUGGCCCUAGGUGCUUAAAAGUUACCCAAUUUUUCCUGCCUGUAUAUAUGCAUAGGGAAAUGGGUUUACCAUAGACAGUGACUUCUUAUAAUUGCUGGUCAUGACAGGUAUGAAUAUAUCAUGUCCCAAUCUACACUUUUUUGUUUUAGUCAAGUUCCAAAUUCAAUUUAAAAGAAUAAACUGAUUUGUAUUUGCUUGAUCAAGUCAGAAAGAGUAAUGUGAGAAAGGAAUCAAAGGACAAGGAUAAAAAGCCAUGUCUCUAGAUAAAGAUGAGAAUCAAAGAAGCUAAAUAAAUCGUCCAAGGACAAGAGGCUGCUGAGUUCUUGAACAAAGAUUCCAAGCCAGGGCUGUAUGAUUUCACAUUCUUUCUACUUCAUAUUUCAGCCUAUCACUACUUAGUAUGCUUCUAAAAGCAAUUUGGAAAAGAAAAUACAUACAGAAUGAUAUCUUUAAGUACACAGAUAUAAUUAAACCUUUCCAGCAAAUUACCAGGAUGAUAAGAAUAUUCAGCAAAAAGAUAAUGUAAGAGUCUCUGAAUGUUCAGAAGAGCAAUGAAAGUGCUUCCACAUAAUAAAUAAUGUAAUGUUCUCAGGGAGAAAUUACUCCUGUAGGAUAAUGGAUUUAAGCUAUCAGUUGAACCUAUAACUUACUAUCGAUCAGCAUCUCCCAAACUGUGUUCCCAGAACACUGGUCCUACCAGACAAUUCCCCAAAAAAAGAUGCUUUGGAGAAACAAGUUCAAAAACCACUACCUACUAUAUUUAAAGUGCACAGGAUGUUACAAAGGAUCUAACAAACUGUCAUUUAAAUCAGCGCUUCCCAAAUUAUAAUCCUUUUUGUGGCACACCCAUUGAGCCCUCUCAGAAUAGCAUUUCAGAGAACACAUUUUGGAAAAUACCAUUAACUGUACUACAAAGUUCUGACUUAAGGAGCUGCAGGUGUCCAGAAAGAUUCACCAAACACUGACAAUUGUUGGUAAAGUCAACACCAACAAAACAGAAAAUAGUACCUCCCCUUAUAUAAAACUACGGAACUUACAGAAUACUCUAUGGCAUGUAUAACUAUCUUUGAACUUUAAGAAAAUUAGAAAGGGCCUGAAAAAUGUUCUUUGGCAGACUGAUUAAACAUAAAGAAGAUGGAUUAGUGCAUUAAAUCCUUAAGUAUUAGACAGUGAAGUGCCUCUUGUCAAAGUUGGAAAGAGGUAGCUUCUGGACAAAUGAAAGUAAGAUUUAAUUACAUAAGUUUUGUUUUUGUUUUUGUUUUUGUUUUUUGCAGUACGCGGGCCUCUCACUGUUGUGGUCUCUCCCGUUGUGGAGCACAGGCUCCGGAUGCACAGGCUCAGCGGCCAUGGCUCACGGGCCUAGUCGCUCCACGGCAUGUGGGAUCUUCCAGGACCGGGGCAUGAACCCGUGUCCCCUGCAUUGGCAGGCGGACUCUCAACCACUGUGCCACCAGGGAAGUCCCAUACAUGGGUUUUUAAUGUAGGUCAUUUAUUAAUACAAGAAGUGAUGUGAGCAGAAAAUAUAAAUUCAAAAGAAAGUGAUUAAACUAAUGGAUAUAAAAUUCCCAAUGUUCCUUUCAGAAUAAUAAAAAUAAUAGCUAAAUGCAUCAAGUUUUUAUAGUGUACCAGGCAUUUCAUGUGCAAUAGCUUAUUUAAUUCAACAAUCCAAUGAGUUGUUACUGUCCUCAUUUUACAGGCUGGUAAUCUAACAUGAAGAGAUGCUAAGUAAUAACUUACCCAAGAUCACAUGGCUGGUAAAAUGACAGAGUGAAAAGACAGGGUGCAAAGGUGUCUGACCACCCAGGGACUACACUCCAUACAGUGUUGCCUUUUUAGCCUUUGGAGGUUGUUCUUCAGCACCGUUGUCCCAGGCACAGAAACUGGGCUGGGUGAAUGAUGGACUGUACAUACUGUGACAUUUCCUGUGUUUUUAUAGUCUUA